AUGUUCAAAGGUAUUUUCCGACUUGUUCCCGACGGCAGCUCCCAAGAUUUACUUCCCGGAUAUCCAGAAAGGAUUUGUGCACAUUUUUACAUUGUUAUAUACAGUGAGUCUUCAGUGAGCAAAGUCAGCAACUUCAGCGGCCUUUCCUGCCCAUGGAAUGUUGCUGUUUUAGCCUCCCGAGUCCCCAUUCGGACAGAAUUACCAUUGGUGCCUUCGGUUGAUCUUUCAUUCGGGACCUCAUCGGCAUUCUCCGACAUUUGA